AUGUGUGGUAUUUUUGGGCUAAUUCGCUCUGAAAACGAUACAUCCGUCUGGAAUUUGCCUUUUGUUGCCGUCAAUGGGCUCGCCGCUCUUCAGCAUCGCGGCACCGAAUCGACGGGCAUUGUGGGCUCGGAUGGAAAAUGUCGCGAGCAUGUGGAAAUUGUGAAAGGGCAUGGAUUAGUAAGAGAUGUGCUCAAAGAAGAAGCGAUUCAGAAGCUGAAUGAAUGCCGAUUGGUGAUCGGUCACAAUCGGUAUUCAACAGCGGGAAAGAAGAAGUCGGGAAUCAAUUGUGUGCAACCAUUCGUGGUAUACACAGCGAGAGGAAUCAUCGCGAUUGCUCAUAAUGGAGAACUCGUCGAUGCCUCGAAAAAGCGGAUCGAGCUGAUGCAAGAAGGCGUCGGACUCUCGACGGACACCGACUCGGAGCUCAUUGCGCAAAUGAUUGCCAAGGCGAUCGCGUUGAACGUCAAAUGCCAAAGUGAUCCCGGCGACAUAUCAAAGGAACUUGCGGUGACAAUGUCUGCUCUGAAUAUGUCGUAUUCGCUUCUCGUUCUCACCUACGAUCGAAUUUACGCGGUUCGAGACCCGUUUGGGAAUCGGCCGCUCUGCGUUGGUUCGAUUAUGAAUCAAGCAUCGAGCAUUGCCUAUUGCGCAGCAUCUGAGUCUUGCGCGUUUCCGGCCAACUCGAAAUUCGAGUUCGAAGUUCAACCGGGCGAAAUUGUGGAGCUCGGCGCGAAAGGGAUUCGAUCGGUGUGCCAGAUGAAGCCGCAAAACCGGCAGGCGAUGUGCAUCUUUGAGUACGUCUAUUUUGCGCGAAAUGAUUCGGUCAUUGAAGGACAGCAAAUCGAAACGGUCAGAGAAGAAUGCGGUCGAAUAUUGGCUUGCGAGGAUUCGGUGAGAGCUGACAUUGUUGGCAACGUUCCAGAUUCAUCGCUGAGCGCUGCCAUCGGCUAUUCAUCGGCUUCGGGGAUCCCGUACGAGCCAUGCCUCCACCGCAACACCUAUGUCGGACGAUCAUUCAUUCAGCCGAGCCCUCAAAUGAGGGAACACGCGAUAAUGACCAAAUUUGGGGUUCUCAAGAAGAAAGUGCACAACAAAUCGAUCGUGCUUGUCGAUGACUCGAUUGUUCGCGGAAAUACUAUGAAGAUUCUUGUCCGCAUGUUGAAGGAUUCCGGUGCGGCACAAGUCCAUCUAAGGAUUGCAUCGCCUCCGGUGAAAUUUCCGUGCUUCAUGGGCAUCAACAUUCCGACGAAAGAUGAGCUGAUUGCCGCGAGCAAAUCGAUCGAGCAGAUUCGCGAUUUUGUUGGCGCUGAUUCGGUGCAAUAUCUGAGUGUCGAAGGACUCACCAAAGCGGUUCAAAAAGGAAUCGAGAAACGAUCCGGCCAUUGUACGGCAUGCUUAACCGGCGAAUAUCCCGUUGAAAUUUGA